AUGAAAUUCAAAAUAAGUGCAUGGGCUAUUUGUUUGGCGGCCAAGGGAAGGUGUAUAGUCACAGUCCCUUUUGACUCUGAUGUGCCUAGAGUAUGGGAUCGUAAAGCCAAAUCAAAUCACAACAGUUCAACUCAUGUAUCGCCUGUUGGAAAUACAAGCGCAGGAGCAGAUUUUGCCAUCAGUAGUCCACAUUUUCAACACGGACUGUAUGGACACACACAGCGUGUGUGCUGUAUUGCUGGAGCAGCAGACCGACCUGUCGUAAUUACUGGCAGCUGGGACUGGACUGCACGUGUAUGGUUUUUAGACACGUUUAAUAAUGAUCAUUCAAAACACGCACAUGGCCAUCGCAAAAAUAGUAGCUUGUCUCAAUCUGGACAUGCAGCUCCAGAGUUUUCCACACUAUCGCUGAAACGAUCUGAUUCAAGAUACACUGUAACUGUACUCAAAGGACAUGCUGGAUCUGUUCUUGCUGUUGCGCUUACACCGGAUGGUAAAAUUGCCAUCACUGGUGGGUGGGAUCGAUUGGUGCGUAUAUGGGACACUGCAUCAGGAAGAUGCAGACAGAUUGUAUCAGGUCAUACUUCUUGGGUGACCUCAUGGAUCCAUUCGGUGGCUAUUUCAGCCAACGGAUCUACUUUAAUCAGUGGAAGUCAAGACGCAAGUGUAAGGAUAUGGGACAUGAAGCAAGGAGUACAAGUACGUAAGUUGACCGGACAUCUUUCGCCUAUAUCAUAUGUUGCCAUUUCAAGCGAUGGACAGAUGGCUAUAUCUGGUGGUGGAGUGUAUGAAAAUAUAAAGGUGUGGGAUAUAAAAAGUGGUGAAUGCCUGCAGCAUAUUCCAGGGAGGGUUAUGAGUCCUCAAAGUUUGAUUUUGGUUGAAGGUGACGUUGCAUGCGGAGCAUCAUUCUAA